AUGCCUGUUUUCACCGUGCACAUCCGAGAUGAGUGGCUAGCCGUGCCGUGCCGGGACGCCACCAACACCAUCCGGUGGCUCGGACACGAGGCGCUCAAACGGUACAUGAAGAACAAGCCCGACAACGGCGGGAUCACGGCUGUGAAGGACACCCGCUUUGCGGUGCGCAGGUGCCAGGGUUUGGUUUUGCUGGACGCGGAUGACACAGUGGAGGAUGUGCUGGAGGAUAACGACUUCGUCGAGCUGGCUAUUGAAGGCGACACCAUGUCUCCUGACUUCAUCCCAUAUGAGCCUGGAGUUUCUCAUCUAACAGCAGCAUACAGAGAACCCAGAGAGUAUAUUGCAUUGGAUGGCAACAGCCUGACGUCCACAGAUCUGGUCGACUUGGGAAGAGGACUCUACAAGAUAAAGCUGACUCAGGAGGCUGAACAAAAAGUUGUCCUCUCCAGAGAGCUUUUGGACACUAUUGUCAAAGAAAACAAAGUUGUCUAUGGAAUCACUACAGGUUUUGGCAAAUUUGCUCGAACAGUCAUCCCCGUCAGCAAGCUCAAGGAGCUGCAGGAAAACCUGGUGCGGUCACACUCAGCAGGUGUGGGAAACCCGCUGAGCCCAGAGAGGACCCGCAUGCUUCUCGCUCUGAGGAUCAACGUUCUGGCCAAAGGGUACAGUGGAAUUUCUCCGGAAACCCUUCAUGCCAUGAUCGAAGCCUUCAACGCUUCCUGCCUCUCCUUUGUCCCAGAGAAGGGAACGGUUGGUGCCAGUGGAGACCUUGCUCCCCUCUCUCACCUGGCCCUGGGGCUCAUGGGAGAGGGGAAAAUGUGGUCCCCCAAGAGCGGAUGGGCAGAUGCCAAAUAUGUCUUGGAGGCUCAUGGACUCAAGCCAAUAUCACUAAAGCCUAAAGAGGGUCUCGCUUUGAUAAACGGGACCCAAAUGAUCACCUCCCUGGGGGCCGAGGCCGUGGAGCGAGCCCAGGCGAUAGCUCGGCAGGCGGACAUUAUCGCCGCUCUGACCCUGGAGGUGCUGAAGGGCACCACCAAGGCCUUCGACAGUGACAUCCAUAAGCUGCGUCCCCACCCCGGACAGAUCGAGGUGGCCCAGCGCUUCCGCUCGCUGCUGGACUCCGAUCACCAUCCAUCCCAGAUAGCAGAGAGCCAUCGGUUCUGUGACAGGGUCCAGGAUGCCUACACCAUGCGUUGCUGUCCUCAGGUCCACGGAGUCACCAAUGACACAAUAACAUUUGUCCUGAACAUCAUCAAUACAGAAAUCAACAGCGCGACUGACAAUCCUAUGGUAUUUGCAGAAAGAGGUGAGACCAUUUCAGGUGGGAACUUCCAUGGUGAAUACCCAGCUAAAGCUCUGGACUUCUUGGCCAUUGCAGUCCACGAGCUGGCCUCCAUCAGCGAGAGACGGAUCGAAAGGUUGUGCAACCCGUCGCUGAGUGAGCUGCCGGCCUUCCUCGUCAAUGAGGGAGGACUCAACUCGGGCUUCAUGAUUGCUCAUUGCACCGCCGCUGCCUUGGUUUCAGAGAAUAAAGUUUUGUGCCAUCCGUCGUCUGUGGACUCCUUGUCCACCAGUGCUGCCACAGAGGACCACGUGUCCAUGGGGGGCUGGGCUGCCAGGAAGGCCCUGAGGGUCGUGGAGCAUGUGGAGCAAGUUCUUGCUAUAGAGCUGCUGGCAGCCUGUCAGGGUAUCGAGUUCCUCCGCCCACUUCGUACCACCACUCCAUUGGAGAAGGUCUAUGAACUUGUUCGCAGUGUGGUCAAGCCGUGGAUCAAAGACAGAUUCAUGUCUCCAGACAUUGAAGCUGUUCACCGGCUUUUGCUCGACCAGAAGGUGUGGAACGUGGCCAAACCUUAUAUUGACAAGUAUCAGUCUGAGUUCAUUCCCGAGUCCCGUCCCGGCUCCCCGACGGCCUUCUCUCUGGACUCGCCGGCGUCAGCCAGGAAACGUGUUCGCCUUGAGUGAAAACAGACGUUUUUAUUUUGAAAUGACUAAUCCAAUGCAUCAAUUAAUGAGGCUUUUGUUGAUUUGAGGGAAAACAACAGAGUUUAACGAUUGAUUUGAUCUUUGAGCAUAUCUUUGGUGUUUAAGAAUUGGGUGAUUGGGAAGUAAUAACUUGCAUAUAGCUGGCACAACUCCACUGUGCACUAGAGUUGUAUUUAUCUAAACGUUUGUUGUAACCUUAAAAUGUGCCUAAUUCAGUUAUUGCCACAAGACUACCUCAUUCAUUGAACCGUGUUCAGAUAAAAUAGUUAAAACAAUGUAGCACAAACAUCACUAAGAUUCAAUGCUUUGUUCUGGUGGAGUUGUAUGUAAUCUAAAAUGAUUGUUUUAUGUACAUUUCCAGCUCAGACAACACAACAAUAAACGUUUUGUAUUGCUUUA